ACAUACAAAAUGGUCAUGAACAUGCCCCAUAACCAAUUUCAGGAACCCACAAAAACCCCUUUCUUCUCCCCUAAAUCUAUAACACUUGUAUUCCUCCAUUCUCUCUCAUCCUCCAUUCAUAUCAAUUCUCAUACCUCCUACUUCAACCACCAUCUCUCUCUCACUCACUUUCUCUCUCCUUAAUCGGGGAGUCGCAACUCGUGACUCUCCAAAUCUUACCUCAGCAAUACACGGUGAGUUCAAAACGCGCGCAAAGCUGACGGAAUUCGACAACCACGAUUAUCAACGGUGGUGGAGUCGGCAGCAGCGACAGCGGACCACAGGCCCUUUUUGAGUUAUCGGUGGACCAUAGGCGAACUACAAAAUGAGACCCUAUCUAAUAAAUGUCUCUGAGAAAACCCCCACUUCCUCGUAUACUUCUUAACAAUGUAUCCUGCAUGAGAAAUGCCCAACAAAUUUUGCGUCAUGUGAAUGUAUCUGUUCAUGAUGGAGGUGCACUUGUGCUAACGGGUAGCAACGGUUCAGGCAAGAGCACGUUUCUGCGCUGUUAGUAGCUGCUUUCAAAGCCUUCUGCUGGUGAAAUCCUCUGGAAUGGUCAUGACAUUACACAGUCAGGAGUAUUCCAUCAAUAUAAGCUUCAGCUGGGAUGGGUUUCUCUUAAAGAUGCUAUCAAGGAGAAAUUUACAGUCCUGGAAAAUAUUCAGUGGUUUGAAGUUCUCGAAGGAAAAGAAGGGAGAUCUCUAUCAGCAUUGGAGCUUAUGGGACUUGGAAGAUUAGCAAAGGAAAAGGCAAGGAUGUUGUCAAUGGGUCAAAGAAAAAGGGUGCAGCUUGCUAGAUUGCUUGCAAUUGAUCGGCCUAUUUGGUUGUUAGAUGAGCCAAGUGUUGCUUUGGAUGAUGAUGGGGUAAAACUUUUGGAGCAUAUAAUUGCCGAGCAUCGAAAGAAGGGAGGAAUUGUGAUAGUUGCGACUCAUCUGCCUAUUGAGAUUGAUGAUGCAAUGUACUUGAGGCUGCCACCUAGAUUCCCAAGACGAAUGACUUUGGUUGAUAUGCUUGAUCGAAGUGACAUUGCUUGAUUGUGUGUGGAUGGUGACAUGAUUUUUUUAUCAACUAACUGUCCUUUUAAAAUUCAGCUUGACUUUUUUUCCGGGCUUGCUUGUGAUCAUUUGCAGGCUUGGGCCACUCGGGACCACAAUUUUUUGCCCAACAAGCCCGUAUAAGUUUUGACUACAUAAGCAGCAAAAGGAAUGGCUUUGGUAGCCAUAGUUGAAGAUAUGAAGUUUGAUGUUGUGAGUUUGUUUGGAAAGUCCCAGCCUUUAAGGUCUUAUUGGUAAAACAAUGAUGAAAUUCAGGUAUUCCAGGUUCAUUCUAGCCAUUCUACAAUUGAAUUGUGUCCUCUUUGCUGUCCCAAGUGAUACUUCUUCCGUUUUUAAAUAAGUGUAGGUGUACAACAUGUGCCUUUUCUUUGUUUCUACACAUUAACAUGAGAGAAUUGGGAUCUUGUUAAAGUCAUGUUGGUUUUGCUUUAAUGUGCAACUUUGGAAUAGUAUCACAUUAUUACCACAGUAAUAUGUAGUUAAAGAUGUUAAUCAAAACUGUAUAUUGGAAAACGUAGUUGGUGAUGGGGUUAUAUAUGGUAUUGUUAGCCAUUUUUUCGUGUGGUUUUAUAGACUGAAGCUUCAGUCUGGUGUUGUAAAUUUGCAGAAUCGGUAUAGAGGAAAUGAGAAUAUUGCGCAUAUUUUGUUUUCUUA